GACAGAUCGAAGAGACUGGAGAAAAGGGCGAACUGGGAAGCAUAGCCGUCGGCCAUUUCUACCAAGGAGCCUCUAGCGAGAAUCAUAACUCUAUCCUGCGUACAAAAGGUGGUGGGUUUGUUCGUUUGGUUGACAAAAAGUCAAGAUGGCUGAGAUCCGGAAUAUUCGCACCAUCGACGCGACCACAUAUCCGUAUAUCUUUGAGCAGAAUGUGUCUGUGCCCUUGUCAAAUGGAGGCGUGAUUCGCUGCAACGUAUACCGGCCCAAGGCUGAGAAAGGACAUAAGUUCCCCGUUAUUGCAACUUGCGGACCUUACGGAAAAGAUGUUCCUUACAAGGACUUUCACCCGAAGAGCUUCUCAGAGAUAGAUCCACCUCACCAGACGGAACACUCUGCCUGGGAGACACCUACACCGAAGUAUUGGACGGCGCAUGGGUACGUUGUGGUACGAGCUGAUGAGAUUGGUAUUGGACAAAGCCCCGGUCUUUUGAGCGUCAAGUCAUCCCGCACGAUUGAUGCUUUUGCCGACUUGAUUGAAUGGGCAUCGGUGCAACCGUGGUCGUCAGGAAAAGUCGGCUUGUUAGGAGUCAGUUACUACGCCGUUACCCAGUGGCAGGUGGCAUCUAGGAAUCCCAAGGGGCUGGCAGCAAUUAUUCCAUGGGAAGGCUUUUCUGAUCCGUAUACCGAAUCGGUCCGCCAUGGUGGGAUUCUGUCUAACUCAUUCUUUGCGUGGUGGUAUAAACGCCAGGUCGCUCCUAACCAGUAUGGGCUUCCAGGAAGAGCGGCGCGAAACUGGGGUCCCGAUACUAUUGAAGGUGACCUUGCUGAAGAAGAGCUCGCGGCAAACAGAACAGCAUCAACCGAUUUUCUACAUAAGCACAGGUAUCGGGACCAUCCUGCUUUUGCUUCAGUUCAGUUUAACCUAGAAGACGUCAAAGUUCCCCUCCUCAGUGUGGCAAAUUGGGGUGGCAUUAUGUUACAUCUGAGGGGCAAUGUCGUGGGUUAUAUGAGAGCAGGCUCCGAGUUCAAGUACCUCCGGUUUAUUACCGGUCGACACGACCUACCUUUCUACUACCCUGAGGAGGUUGAAGUCCAACGCAGUUUCCUGGACGCGUUCCUGAAAGGCGAUGACCGAGAGGGAUGGACUGUCAAAGGGAGGGUGCCACCAGUCAAUCUGAUCCUUCGCAAGGGUAAUGUUGGGUAUAAUAACCCCACAGCCGAGAAGACUUAUUUUCGCAGGACAGAGGCCGAAUGGCCCUUGGCAAGGACGCGAUACGUUGAUGUGUUCCUUACCUCGGGCAGCGAGCUUCUAUUCGAGCAACCUGUAGGUGUGCCAACCGCCAAGGCGACUUACAGAGCGUUGGGAACAGCGACGCCAGCCGAUACUCUUUCCUUCCAGACACGACCGUUUGAGGAGGAGACCGAAGUUACUGGCCAUAUCGUCGUUCAUCUUAAUGUCUCUAUGAGCGGAGAUCGCUGGGGGUCCACCCCUUCAGAUCUGGAUUUGUUCUUGAGUCUCCGUCAUAUCUCCCCCGCCGGGGACGAAAUCUUCUACACCGGAUCAGCAGGAGAGGCGGUGCCGCUAGCUAAGGGAUUCCUUCGCGUCAGUCUCAGGAAGACGAACCCAGAAAACCCCAAGCACCGCUCUUAUCUCCCGCACCGAGACUUCCUAUCGACUGACCUCUUGUCUGUUAUCCCUAACGAGGUGUAUCCCGUCGAUGUGGAAAUUUGGCCCACUAAUGUGAUUGUUGGAGUUGGCGGCCGCCUAGUUCUUGAUGUCAGUUCUGGAGACACUGCAGGAACCGGAUUCUGGGGCCACAACGAUCCAGAUGACAGAUCAGAGAGCGUAUUUAAAGGCAGCAACCACAUCCAUUUUGGAGGGUGCUAUAUCAACUACAUGACGCUCCCAAUCAUUUAUCCUGAGUAACGCGAGCGCCUUGUCUUCUAAUAGUUAAGUGAGAGCAUGUCUGUUCGUUUAUUCGAGCAACAUCAACUCCUGCGCGGGUUUUCGUCCGUCUUGAUGUUAACUGGUAACCUGUUUCUUGCCCCUUAUUUUUCGCCAAAAACCAGUUGGCGACAGUGGUGAUUGCCCAGUCGACCGGAUCUACUACACAAUAUUCGGAAGAUAUCUCCGCCAAAUUGUUGGUUAAACUUGGCAACAUCGUCUAGGAUAGAUUAUGGAAACGCACAAUAUAAACCAGUCACCGGCUCUUACUCCACUCGUAAUAGUAUGAACCUUAGUAAUCAAUCAGAGGUAGUUAGACAGGAAUAGUUGCGAG